AUGGCAUCGUCGCCAAGCCCUUCCGCCGCCUUUCCCAUCACCAGCUUUGAGCUGGAUUGUCUCAGGCUCGCCGAAGUCACCAAGGUCAUCCAACUGAGCAGCUCCUACACGGUGAUUGUGGGGCUUGGGGCGGCGCUGAUGGCGCACCAGCUCACCCUGAUCGACUAUGGACUGUUCUCCAAGGUGCAGCCGACCGACUUGCUCUCACACAAAGUGCCACAGAGCCCCUCGCCCUCGAUCCAGGCAACCACGGACUUUUUCAACUAUCUCACCCGCAUCAUCGAGAUUUCGAUUCUGGAAUCGACCGCCCCCAACGAUCGUGCCAAGAUGAUCUACUACUGGACCAAGAUCGCCGACUACUGUCUGUCGAUCCGCAACAUCCAGACCCUCAAGGCUAUCACAUCGGCGCUGCAAGGUCCGCCUGUGGCCCGGCUCAAAAAGACCUGGGGCAUCGUGCCCAAGAAGACCAAGGCCACUCUAUCGUCGCUCUGGAGCCUGGUGACGGAGCAGAACAACUAUGCGACCUACCGGGAGUGGCUCAAAAAGAACACAACCCGGCCUGCUGUGCCCUUUCUCGGCGUCUACAUCCAUGACCUCACCUAUCUCACCGUCGUUGUCAAACGGGAUGGCGGAGAUCUGGCCUCGGACAAACGGGUCCGGGAGAUUCUGGACCAACUCGAGUACUACCGCACCGGCCCGGACUAUGGCAAUUAUGCGGAAUCAAGUGCAAGCCAGGCCACCUCGGGGCCGUCCAUCUCACCGUUCAAGAAGGGUCGCAGGGCUGACGAAGCCGCUGAGAAGGAGCUUGAGCAGGAAGCAUUGUCGCAGUUUGCCUCCCACUGGAUCUUGACUCGAAAAUGGGUGAGCGAGAAGGAAAUCGACGAGCUGUCGCUGCUGCGCGAGCCAAAGUCCAGCUCAGCUUCAGCGAACACCCCUUCGACGGCCCAGUCG